AGGGUAGGGAGGGUGUGCUCAGGGAGCAGCAAGAGCCUGGUCCUUCUCCGCCCAGGCUGGCUCUGCGACCUGGCUUCCUGCCCCCAUCUGGGCCCAGACAAGGCUGGUCUGGGUGGUCCCGUGAGUCCCCCUCCUGAUGGCCUGACCCAAAGCAGGAGAGCCUCAGACUCCAGGACGCUCUAGCUAGAGAGCCCUGGCUUGAGAUUUUCCAGACCGCGGAGGUGGGGAUGGGGCGUAAAUCUUUAACUAGCCAGCCCCAGACCGGCGGCCGGAGCUUUUCCGGAUGGAUGGUUGCCUAGGACCUGGGGGCGGGGGCGGGGGAGGAGUGUAAGGUGUGCGUGACCAGUCCUGGGGUGCCGCAGAAGGCGGGUAUCGGAGAGGAAAAGGAACGAGACUCGGGCGGAGCCAAGGCCGUGCUCAGAGCAGGACAUGGAGGAACGCGGCUCUCCCGACGGGGACCCCGCGCGGAGCCUGGAGCAAGGGCCAGAGGGGCAGGAAACGCCCAUCCAAGUGGUGCUCAGGGUGCGGCCCAUGAGCGCGGCCGAGCUGCGUCGAGGGGAGCAGAGCGCUCUGCACUGCUCGGGGACCCGGACUCUGCAGGUGAGCCCCCCGGGCGGCGGCCCCGACGUGGCGUUCCGCUUCGGCGCCGUGCUGGACGGAGCGCGCACGCAGGAGGAUGUGUUCCGGGCGUGCGGCGUGCGACGUCUGGGCGAGCUGGCCCUGCGCGGCUUCUCCUGCACCGUCUUCACUUUCGGCCAGACCGGCUCCGGGAAGACCUACACGCUGACCGGACCUCCGCCCCAGCGGCCCACCUGGCCACAGGCUCAGCCAGCUUUGCCCUCAGGGGGAGGGGGUGCCCGUACCCCCCAGCCUCGCUGGCAUCAUGCAGAGGACCUUCACCUGGCUGUUGGACCGCGUGCAGCACCUGGAUGCAGCGGUCACCCUGCGCGCCUCCUACCUGGAGAUCUACAACGAGCAGGUUCGGGACUUGCUGAGUGUGGGGUGCCCCCGGCCCCUCCCCGUUCGCUGGAACAAGACCCGGGGCUUCUAUGUGGAGCAGCUGCGGGUGGUGGAGAUCGGGAGUCUGGAGGCCCUGAUGGAACUUCUGCAGAUGGGUCUCAGCCGAAGGAGGAGCUCCGCUCACACUCUCAACCAGGCCUCCAGCCGCAGCCAUGCACUGCUCACGCUCUACAUCAGCCGCCCCAGGGUGAGUGCCCCAGGCCACCCUGCAAGGGUCUGCCGCUGCCGGGCACUCUUGGCCUUGUGACUGCAGUGGGGACAGUCCCUCGCAAGUCCCCAUCAAGCCCUGUGUCCCAGCCCCAGCCCCAGCAGAUGCCUCCCAUGGGUCCCGGGGAGCUCCCUGCUGGUGGGAAGCUGUGCUUUGUGGACCUGGCCGGCAGUGAGAAGGUGGCGACCACAGGAUCCCGUGGGGAGCUGAUGCUUGAGGCCAACAGCAUCAACCGCAGCCUGCUGGCCCUGGGUCACUGCAUUUCCCUGCUGCUGGACCCACAGCGGAAGCAGAACCACAUUCCUUUCCGGGACAGCAAGCUCACCAAGUUGCUGGCAGACUCACUGGGGGGCCGAGGGGUCACCCUCAUGGUACCCGAGGGGUGCUGCAGAGAGGGUAUAGUCCCGAGGAAGGGACUCCUGAAGGGAGCACUCAGGGGGUGUCCUUCCCAGGUGGCCUGCGUGUCUCCCUCUGCCCAGUGCCUUCCUGAGACUCUCAGCACCCUACGAUACGCAAGCCGAGCUCAGCGGGUCACCACCCGGCCGCAGGCCCCCAAGUGCACAGCUUGUGCAGCCCUAGAGGAUGGCCUUGGGCCUCUCUCCUGCAGUCCCCUGUGGCAAAGCAGCCCCCACGCCUGGAGACUGAAAUGCUGCAGCUCCAGGAGGAGAAGCGUAGCCUGCGGUUCCAGCUGGACCCCAAGGGUGCUUGGACCAGGAUGCCCCCACUUUCCUGCCCCCUGGCUCCCCUCCGUCCCUUCCUGUCUCCUGGGCUGGCACUCUGCUGUGCUGAGGAGAGGCUCACUGGUACACCAGCAGCCCUGCCUCCUGUCACCCCAUCCUGCCUCACCCCCUGGGUUCGCUGUCCCCAGGGAGGAAAUGAGUCAGCUGCAGAGGAGCCGGGACCUGGCCUGGGGUGAGCAGCAGGUCCUAGCCCAGCAGGUCCAGGAACUGGAGAGGCGCCUCCUCUCUGCCUACUGUGCUCGCCCCGGCCCUGCUGCCACCCCACUGUGUCCCUGCUUGAUGCUGCCAGCUACCCCCUGCCAUGCAUUGCCACCCCUCUGCUCCUGCCCAUGCUGCCACCUCUGCCCCCUGUGCCGAGCACCCCUGGCCCAUUGGGCGUGCGCUCAGAGGGAGGCCCAGCUGCCGCAGAUGCUGGACCCCAAGGCCUCAGGUGACAUGCCUCUCUCUACCCGUCCCCCACCCUGGGCACCUCCGUGCAGCCCUGGCUCUGCCAAGUGCCUGAGAGAAAGGAGCCAUGGCAGCUGGACACAGACCGCAGUGCUGGCAGAGAUGCUGACCGGGGAGGAGGUGGUCCCCUCGGCUCCCCCACUGCCUGUGGGGCCCCCUAAGACGCCACCUGUGCUGAGAGGUGGAGCUGGGGUGGCAAACUUGGCCCAGAGGCUGGAGGCCCUCAGACACCAGAUCGGCAGCUCCCUGCGACGUGGCCAGAGUCAGCCACCGCCCGGCGAGGGCCCUCGAAGCCCGGACCAAGUCCUCCCUCCUCGCUGAAGGCACAGUGGGACCCAAGCCGUGCGUGCCCUGGGCUGCUGGCUCUGUGCUCUUAGCUUCGAUCUCCCCGGAUGUGAAGGGGCUGGCCACACCACCUGCCCUGAGACUGAGCUGGGCAGAGGACCCAUUUGCAGCCGGGGGGCCUGGGUGUGGGGCUGUUUGGGGAGAAAGGGUCAGCCUGCCCCAGACUGGAGAAAGCAGGCAGUGGGUGAUGGGAUACAUGAAUAAAGAGAGGUGUCAGCUCCAA